UUUUUAAGCCCCACGACGUCCACCUCCGUUGCGCCCCGAACACGCGCCAGCAUGACCAAACAAGAUGACCCCGUCGUCGCCGGCCGGUAACGCUGCCGACAACGCGUCGAGCGCGCCGCCGCCUCCGCUAGCCGUAGACGUGAUCGUGGGCGUGCUCACGGGCGUCCUCCUGGCGCUGUUCCUCUUCCUCAUCUACGCCAAGCACUGCAAGCACCGCGGUCCAGGCGGCGCCCGUGGCGCGCGCGGCCGGCUGCAGGGCCUGGGGUUCGCGGCGUCGUCGACGUGCGACCGGUGCCGCUCCGGGCUGAGCCUCUCCGUGGUCGACGCGCUGCCCGCGGUCAGGUUCGGGGACAUGGGCGGCGCGGCGGCGGAGGCGCAGCCGGAGUGCGCGGUGUGCCUGGGCGCGUUCGACGCGGCCGCCGACGAGCUGCUCCGGGUGCUGCCCAAGUGCCGGCACGCGUUCCACGCGGACUGCGUCGACACGUGGCUGGAGGCGCACUCGACGUGCCCCGUCUGCCGCCGCCGCGUCGGCAAGGAGGACGCCUUCGCCGUCAUCCCCGAGAUGGACGCCGGCUACCCGGGCGGCGAGACGGAGAUGCAGAUCGUGGUGCACCGACCGGCGUGACCGGCCGAGGGAGCGUUGGUGGACGGAUGAUGGCCUUCCGCCGGUUCACGAGGCUCCGGCCACUACGCCACCGUCACGGCGCGGUAUAGCUAGACCGCAAUUCAUCCGUCGUUACAUGAUCUUGCUUCGUUGCACGCGCUGACGCGCGGGAAGUCGCCGGCCGGAGGGAGCGGGCAUUUUGAUAGCUAGGCGCACGUUCGCCGGCCGCCCGAAUGUACAACACAUGUGUGUAUAGUUAGGCGUGUGCGUGCCGCACCGGUAGAAAACAUGGUUGCUCGUCUUGUACAUGUCCAUAUAGUUAAGUAACAAUAAUGGGGCAAAAAGGCGUGCAAAAUUCGGAUAGCC